AUGUCCGGGUCCCUCGAGACCCUACCGACUGCUUCCAUUCUACUCCGGCAUGCCUCUCGUCCAAACCCUCGGAUUCCUCCCAUAGCCCGGCAGAGCGUCUCCAUACUCCCCUGUCGCAUCGCCAUCAUUUCACGCGACAAACUCAAGAAAGAAGCAUCUACCAAGAACCCCGAUCUGCGCCGAUGUGUCGCACACAACAGUCUCCUCCGGCGAUCCAUGGAGGAAGCACACAACAAUAUCCGCAACCGCAUGGCUCCAUUUCGCUUCGAGGACGACGAUGAUGACAGUCCGGACAUGACUACUCAGAGCCCUAGCGAGAGCUUCCCCUCCAUCAUCCGAAGCACAAUCACCACCGCUGUGAAAGCUAUGGUGCAUCGACGACGGUCAGCUUGUCGACGGCCGACUCUCAUGAGGGUCUUGUCCUGA